CGGGGCGGAGCCGGCGGGACACGGGCCCUGCCCCCGGUGCUCGGCGCGGCCCCGCCCCACCCCGCGGGCGGUCACUGCGGCGGAGUCGCGGCGCCGCCAUCGCGGGCAGAUGCAGGCGAUCAAGUGUGUGGUGGUGGGCGACGGGGCUGUAGGGAAGACCUGCUUGCUGAUCAGUUACACCACAAAUGCCUUUCCUGGAGAAUACAUUCCCACCGUGUUUGAUAAUUAUUCUGCCAAUGUAAUGGUAGAUGGAAAGCCAGUGAACCUGGGCCUCUGGGAUACAGCAGGGCAAGAAGACUAUGACCGACUGCGGCCUCUUUCUUAUCCACAGACGGAUGUUUUCUUGAUCUGCUUCUCCCUUGUGAGUCCAGCCUCCUUUGAGAAUGUCCGAGCUAAGUGGUACCCUGAGGUUCGACACCAUUGUCCAAAUACACCUAUUAUCCUGGUGGGCACCAAGCUGGACUUGAGGGAUGAUAAGGACACCAUUGAAAGGUUACGUGAUAAGAAACUGGCCCCCAUCACCUACCCCCAAGGCUUGGCCAUGGCUCGGGAGAUUGGGUCGGUAAAGUACCUCGAAUGCUCUGCCCUGACACAGCGGGGCUUGAAGACGGUGUUUGAUGAAGCCAUCCGGGCUGUGCUCUGCCCGCCGCCUGUGAAGAAGCCUGGCAAAAAGUGUACCAUGUUUUGAGGGCUGAAGCCUUGGUGUAGGCUCAGCAUGCUGUCAUCCUCUGACAGAUUGCAUAUUAAGCUGGGUGUUUCUGAAGGGGGCUGGGAUGUGUAGGGCCCUUCAUCAUGUUCGAAGUCAGUGUUUUUUAAAUGUCUCUUUGAUUUAACGUCAGUGUUGAUGUGAAGGGGCAGUGGGGACAGCAGACCAGCUGGGGACUAUACAGCCCCCAGGGGAGGUACAGCGGGGAAGGCAAGGUAGCUCCUUCAGGCAACAAGCUGUUUUGGCUCUCCCGAACUCCAAGUGGAAAGGAGUUCCUGUUCUGGAAACACUUGUUUGCAACCUGCAGGUGAAACAGGUGGUGAACAUCCUGGUGGGAGUGGGGAGGGAGCUGAUUUCAAUGGUGCUGAAAGACAAGAAUAGCUGGGAGGAUGGUAGGGUCUCCUUGCCCAGCCUGCUGUGGCUAACAGUUAACAAACUGGUGCUCUAGCAGAAUGUUCUGAGACUGUUAAAGAAAUCAUAACCAGCCCUGGAAGGGGUCAAAUGAGAAGCUGAAAAACUAAUAAUUAGGUGCUUUACUGGGUACUAGCCAAACUCUGUGAGUGAAACAGCUCCAUGCAAUCAAUGCAUUUGCCUUUUUGUGUGUGCACACCCUAGGACAGCAUGGUGCUGCUCCCCCCCAUUAGUCUUUGGCAGGGCCUCCCCCCAAAAUCCAGUCUCUGCAGAGCAGGGCUGGGGUUGUUGCCUCAAUUUUUUUUUUUCUACUAAAGACAACACAGGAAGCAAUGAGGUGUCUGCUAACUUCUUUCCCUUCCCACUGAAAAUGCAGACAGACUCAGUGGAUUUGGAUGGAACAGGGAGAGCUUCUGAAGGGUUGUGGUGGGGGAACAGGGUUGGAAGGGAGGUCCAAUUUCUAAUCAUCAUGUAGAGUGACAAGAUAAAACCUUAUUUGGUGCAAUAAACAUUCUCCAUGAA